AUGGUUUUACGGGGGGCAGAGGAGGGGCCUCUAGGGACAGACCGUGGCUCCAGGCACAGCAGUGACAAGCAGUGGGACCCACUCCGCGCCUCUGUAAAACCCAGAGGUCGUGGGGGCCAGCCGCAGCGCCGCGGGUGUGUGUUUGGGGCGUGGUUUGGCGCGGGGGGCGGGGCAAGAAAAAAAAACGCUCUGCUGACCUGCGAGCUCUUCAAGCCCGACAUGAUCGAGGACAUCCAGAGGGCCGGCUCUGGGUCUCGGCGCGAUCAGGCCAGGCAGCUGGUCAUAGAUCUGGAGACUCGAGGGAGUCAGGCCCUUCCUCUGUUCAUCUCCUGCUUGGAGGACACAGGCCAGCAGAGCCUGGCUUCACUGCUGAGAGCGAGUAGCCAAGCAGCAAGGCGGGAUCCGGAAGCCAUCAGACCCCGGGACCUCAGGCCUGUGGUGGUCGGACCAGAGGAGCUCUAUCCACAGGUUCUCAGACCAGGGGUGCCCCGGCCAGUGGACAGUGGUGUUGGAGGAUUCAGUGAUAUCUGUGCUCACGGGCGACGGAGGGGAAACGCUGAUUUGGCGUACAUCCUGAACGCGGACCCCUGUGGCCACUGCCUCAUUAUCAACAACGUGAACUUCUGCCUUAUGUCGGGGCUCAGCACCCGCAAGGGCUCCAACGUGGACUGCGAGAAGCUGCAGAGAUGCUUCCGCUUGCUGCACUUCGCGGUGGAGGUGGAGAGCGACCUGACUGCCAAGCAAAUGGUCCAGGCUCUGAUGGAGCUGGCGCGGCGGGACCACAGGGCCCUGGACUGCUGCGUGGUGGUCAUCCUCUCUCACGGCUGCCAGGCCAGCCACCUCCAGUUCCCGGGGGCUGUGUAUGGCACAGAUGGGAGUCCUGUGCCCGUGGAGAGAAUCGUGAACAUCUUCAACGGGACCGGCUGCCCCAGCCUGGGAGGGAAGCCCAAGCUGUUUUUCAUCCAGGCCUGCGGGGGAGGGCAGAAGGACCAUGGGUUUGAGGUGGUCUCUGCUUCCCCUGAGGACAGGGCCCCUGACGGUAACCCCGAGCCAGACGCCUUCCCGUUCCAGGACCACCCCGGCAGCUACGACCAGCCGGAUGCCGUGUCUAGUUUGCCCACACCGAGUGACAUCUUCGUGUCUUACUCCACCUUCCCAGGUUUUGUCUCCUGGAGGGAUACCAAGAGCGGCUCCUGGUACAUCGAGACCCUGGUUGGCGUUUUGGAGCAGUGGGCUCACUCGGAAGACCUGCAGAGCCUCCUGCUCCGGGUCGCUAAUGCUGUUUCGGAGAAAGGCAUUUACAAACAGAUUCCUGGGUGUUUUAAUUUCCUCCGGAAAAAACUCUUCUUUAAAACUUCAUGACGCCAGGCCCCCGACCCUGCCUGACCCUUUACCCCCUGACCUUCCUGCUCCCUGCCCGGUGUCUGCCGAGGCCUGGGCUUCCCUCAACUCCGGCUGUCCCCUGUGGAAGGAUUUUGUAGCCGUUGGGGGUCUGCUCUUUCUCAGCUGGUGGCAGACAGGCUCUUAGCAGCUUCCAAGUUGGAGACAAGCGACCGACCGACGAUGGAGGGAGAGGAGCAGAAGAAUGCCGUGGACGGAGUGCGGCUUUCCCCCGUGGCUGGCUGCCUGGCUUGCGACCGGGUCUGAUCCUUGUAUUUCCUCUAGAGCAGGGCUUCUCAGCCAUUUGGGGCCAGACACUCCUCUGCUGGGGGUGGGUGCUGUCCUGUGCAUGGUAGGAUGUUUAGCAGCAUCCCUGGCGUCUACCCAGGAGGCACCUGCGGUGACAUUUGCCCCGACUGCCAGUCGCAUCUCUCUCUGGACAGUGACAACCAGAAAUGCCUCCAGACAUCGCCACAUGUCCCCUGGUGGGCCCCCACUUGCGAACCACUGACCUGUGGGGAUGUUUUAGCUACGCACAAACCAGCAUCUCUUAGAGCAGCGAGUUUGGGACUACUGGGGUCUGAACAGCUGCCAUCUGUGAAUCUUACAUGAAGUCCUGAAAGUUAUUAAUUUUUCCUGCAUUGCAAUGUCCUUAACAAAAUAAACCUCAGGUGAAUAUGGACUCUCUUGUGCCUGUCUGCCCCCUCAUUUUGCUUCACCUGUUUGUUCUUCCUUAUAAAGGAGACUUGCUUUUUUCAAAAUAUUUCAUUUGACCCCCACCCCUACCCCAUCCCAGGAGGUGGCUCAGGGAGGUCAGGUGGCUUGUCCAGGGGAACCCCGUUAACCCAUGGAGAGACCUGGCUGCACCCGGGUCUUCUGAGUCCAGCCUGUGCCUCCAGGGGCCUUCCUGGCCGGAGGACCCUGCACUGGGGACAGGGACAUGAUCGGCUGGCCACCCCAGAGAAGGCCCCAACCCUGAGGUCUUUU